UUCAGCCAACAGUCACAGUUCUGAUACAGAGAGAACACAUUUUUCGACACCUGAAGAAAAUUAAUCUUCUUCGUCAGGAUGGUGAAGCAGAGAGACAAUAACAGGAACUCUGUGAGCACACACAGGUGUGGAGUGUCCUGUUUAGGUCCUCUGUCCUUCCACACUCAGGCUGUAGGGGACAUGAUCCGCCUCAGCAUGGGGGGUCGAUUCGCAGAGAGAAGUAACGAGAACUUCAAGGACGGUCUGGUGUUCAGCAGUCGCCCACUGAAGGUUCAGGAGAAGGUUCGUCUCAGAGUACAAAACGUUUUAGAAAACUGGAGUGGAUCCCUGCGUGUGGGCUUCACCAACGUGCCUCCAACAUCCAGAACUCUGCCUCUGCCCAACAUGGCCAUUCCUAAACUCACCAACACCCCUGGGCACUGGGCCGCUCCCCUAAGUGCAGUCCACUGUGGGCCUGGUUCAGAACUGGAGUUCUGGGUCUCUGCUGGUGGUUCCUUGUACUUCACAAGCAACAAGAGCAGCCAGCAGGAGCUUCUGACAGGAGUGGACCUGAGCAAACCCCUGUGGGCCAUGAUCGAUAUCUACGGACAGACCUGCUCUGUUUUCUUACUGGGAUCAGAGAAAAAGGAGAUGUUUCACACCAGAAAGUCCUGUCCUGUGCCAGAAUACCUCGCCCCGCCUGAUGUUGACAAAGACAAGCACGUCCCAUUACAUGUCCAAGAACCUCCAUCAGACGCUGAAAUGGACUGUGUGGUGUGCAUGGCUGAAGAGGCCACAGUCACUCUGAACUGUGGUCACCAGUGUCUGUGUGUCCGCUGCGCCUCCAGAGUCAUUCAGGAGUUUGGUACCUGCCCACUGUGUCGGCAGACGAUCCAAAGUCCAUCAGUGGGGGGGCGGUGUGUUCUCAACGUGUUCCACACAACAAGACACUGUCACACAGUGCAGGUGACCUCUUGAAGGACUGGAACAAAGACAGACUGAAGAAAACGUGUUGAAAAGUGACAAACUACUUUGAACAAGUCCUGGUACGUUCCAGUGAUUCAGGACACGCUGCAGUGUGGCUGCUUCCUGAUUUGAUCCAACCAGGAACAACUGUCAGCUGUGUGUGUGUGUGUGUGUGUGUGUAUGUAUUUUGAGUUCAGAUAAAUACAGAAUAAUGCAUCAUUUAAAUCCCAUGGGUUUGUUUUAUGACUUCUGACUUCUAAAAACAAAUAUAUUUUUAUUUGUAAUUUUAUUGCAAAAAUGUCAAUCAAAGACAUUUUUAUUGAUUUUAUCUCAUGGCCCACCAGCAGUACCUUCAUGUCCCCACAGGGGGCCAUGGCCCACACUUUGGGAAUAACUGCUACAUAAGUUUGGUAUGAGAAAAACCUCAGACGUUAUGGCUGAUAUUUAAUAUUAAAGUCUUUUGUGAAGAUAAUGUUUUACUUACCUUGCAAAUAUGUAAAAAAACUGUACAGCAAGUUUUUAACUUAAUACUUGUUUUCUCUAUAUGUUUUUAUACUUGCUAUACUUUUAUAUUAAAUGGGUUGGUAUGAAAAUAAACUUUUCAUCAAACAACA